CUGAUUGUUGUGUUGAUUGCUGUGCCCAAUGUGGUGCCAAUUUCACAGUAGUGUGAAAUUCAUAAGUAUCUUAAUCCUAUAAAACUCAAUGUUGAAUGUGCAUGACAAGCAGAUUAGCAUCAUCAAAUUUUGAAAGUUGCCAUGUCGAUUACUCCGUUGUUUUAUUUGAAAAAUUCUGCUCUGGCUGGUCUUGUAGGCAUUGCAACCGGCACUGUUAUACAUUCAAUUUAUAAUUAUCCAGACACAAGAAGGAGGAAAUUACUGUUCUCCACUUUAUCAGGUUGUUUUGGCGUUAGUAUUGGUUAUGCUUUUGCUGUGAUAAAGAAAAAGAAUGUCUUUGUCUGCAGCUUAUCGACUGGAGUAAACUUUACCAUCGUGCCUUUGGUGUUCUUGAGUAUUCGUCAAGUCAUUCAGACAGGCGAUGCUACACCAAACGUUAUGAAGAACAAUCGAACGUCAAUUGCCUUGAAUAAUUCCCACAUUCUGUCCGCCUUGAGUGGUUCGAUAACCGGGUUACUUAUGUCGCUGUACUCGAUCAAGAGAAGCCUUAAAUCUUCAGUUUUGUUUGUCGCAAGCGGUUGCACUUUGGCUUUAACAGGUCAGCAUUUUACGAUUUCUUUACUAACUGGAGAAUUCGUAAAGCAAUAAGAAUGCAAUAUCCAGAACUUCGUCAAGAAGAAAAGAAGUUGACUUGGGAGGCCAGUUGAUCGCUUAGUUACACCUGAAACGUAAACUAGGAACACUCGACGAAAUUGCACGUUUGGAAGUGAAAUUGACCUUCUACAAAUGAGAAACUUAAAAUUGACAGAAGGGUAUGAAAUAAAGGACUGCUGUAUGUAUUAAGCCAUUUACCAAUACAAAUAAUUUAUCUUUGUU